AUGGAGGCAGUAUCCAUCCUCUCCGCCAUGAAGGGCGAUAAACUGAAGGAUUCGCCGCAGUGGCGCACGUGGUUUGCCCGCGUAAAACUGUAUGCGAAACAGAAGCGAGUCUGGGACUUAUGUGACCCAGAUAUCGAGAAAGAAGACCGUCCGAGAGGUUUGAGAGAACCGUACGAGCCGGAGUACCCUGAAGAUGGGGAUACAGAGGAAAGAAAGGAGUGGCGAGACCGUAUGGACGUCUAUAAAGUCGCAUAUGCAAAGUGGGAGAAACAGAUCAAGGGACUGGAUGACGUGAAUGAAUAUAUUAUCUCCUUCCUUGAUCCUAUCCACCAUCUUGCAUUGAUCGAUUAUGAGACGCCGUACGACCGCCUGGUGUACCUAAAGUCUCGCUUUGCCCGCUCCAGCGCGUAUGAGGAGGAAAUUCGCAUGAAGUGGAGGUUAUUCGCCGUACAGAAGCCAAAGGGGAAUAUCGAUCAGUGGUUAUCGAUAUGGGACACCCUAAGAGAGCAAGCUGUUAGCCUUCAUCUUGAAGAAGUCAAAAGUGCGAAUAGGGACUUCUUGCAAGCAGUGAAAGAGGUGUUACCUAUCUGGUGGCAGGCUAGAUAUCAAGAGAUUGUUAUGGAUAGAAAGCCGUACGACACCAGAGACCUGAUUGAAUCAUUCCGCGCAAUGUAUCGAGAGAUCGGUCCCAAGCAGUCGUCAUCAUCAGAACUGAAGGGAUCAUUCUCUACCUGGCAGGAUCAUGAGGAAGAAACAGAAGAGACGCCAAAGCCGACCCCUCUUCCUUUUGAUAAACGACCAUGCCCAUGCGGACGCACGAACCAUCGGCAUCGGGUUGCAACGUGCUAUGCCCUGAAUGAGGCCGCCCGACCUUCCUGGUUCAAGCCAAACGAUGAGACGCUUCAGAAGAUCAAGAAGAACUUUGCAGCGGAUCCUGCAUGGAAGAAAUGGGUCGAGAAGGUAGUCAAAGACGCGAAUGAGGUCAAACAGAAGCCUCAAGACUCCGCGCAUGCAGUGCACGAACGGACAAAUAGUGCCCGUACAGACAUCCCGAAAGAAGAUCCGGUUGAUAUGUGUUUCCUGACGCAGUCGCCACAAAUCAGUGCCGAAGUUUUCUCAGCAAGCCAUAAGGCUAGAUCAACCAUCCAAGACCGUUGGAUACUGGACACUGGAGCUUCAAGGCACAUCUGCAACGAUAAGAGUCGGUUCAUCAGCCUUGAACCGUACGAAACAACUCUCGCAACCGGAGAUAGCAGCACAGAAGUCAUCGCACGUGGUACGGUCAAACUCAUUGGAAGAAACCCCGAAACAGGCAAGAAGAGAGUAAUAUCCCUAAGUGAUGCACUCUAUUCACCGGGCUUCCACACCAACUUGGUCUCAUACGCUGCAUUGUUGAAGAAAGGCGGUAGAUGGUGCCAGAAAUCCAACUGCAUUGUCGACACCGACAACCGACCUAUAGUGAGCGUGCACCUAUGGGAUAGUAUGAAUCUCUGGCUAUUCGACGAACCAGAGGAAGUCGUAUAUCCCCAUGCACACGCUGUGCGAUCAUCAGAGAAGCCACUCGAAGCGAGGGCUUCAGCAAACCUCUGGCAUCGUCGUUUCGCGCAUAUAAAUCACAAGACAGUGCACAAACUAGCUUCGAUGGUCGAUGGAGUGACUAUUGAGGACGGGAACGAAGAAGAAGCACUAUGCGAGACAUGUCAACUAGGCAAUGCACCCCGACAGGUGUCAAGAAGGCCAGUUGGACGCACCUUUGGGCGCUUUGGAAGAGUGCAUUUCGAUUUAAUCCAGCUACCAGUGGCGUACAAUGGUCAUCGAUGGAUAUCGCACUUUGUUAUUGAAGGUAUCAGGUUUCACUGGAUAUCUACCCACGAGCUGAAGAGUCAAUGUCAGCUCGCGAUUAACCAGUUUGUCCAGCUUGCAAAGAAUUGGUGGGAUUUGCCGAUCAAAGCAUUCCACUAUGACAAUGAGAAAGCUGCAGGACGGUCCGCAGAAUGGAGUCUUACCUCCGAUGGAAUCGUCGUAUAUCAUAGCCCACCGGCACACCCAGAGAUGAACGGGUACGCCGAGAGAGCAGGAGGUGUGAUCAUCCUUAGAAUGAGGAUGCUGAUGCUUGAAGGAAAGCUUCCAAAAGACCUCUGGCCCGAAGCUGCACAAGCAGCAGUGUGGCUCCUGAAUAGAACACCAACGUAUAUCUCCACCGAGAAUCGUUGGGUUGUGCCAUGGGAAGAGGUUCGAAAGGACUUCGCUGGCGAUCGAAUGCCGAAGAUCAACCUAUCGAAUGUUAGACUGUACGGAAGCCUCGCAUAUUGCCGUAUCCAGAAACAAAUCCAAUCGGACAAGAUGAAUCCACGCGCAGAAGUCGGCUUCCUGGUUGGAUAUAUGGCCUCAAAUGUGUGGAAGAUCUGGUUUCCACAGUCCGGCAAAGUGCGGUUUAUUCGCGAUGCGGUAUUCGAUGAAUCCCGAAAGUAUUCACCCGAGUUCGCGCAUUAUCAGCCUAUCCCACUGCCACUUAUCAAGGAACCGCAGGAACUGGAUAGAACAGAAGUCCAGAAGGCGAUGCAGACAUCGAUCACUACCGGGAUAAUGCCUGAGGAAACUGGUACGCUACCAGAGCGAAGAGACUCUCGGAAUGACGAUGAUAUAGACCGACCUACCAUAGGUCAGGGGGUGGAGGAGACGGAAGACCAUAAUCGUCUUUUCAGCCGAAAAACCGUCUCUUCCCUAGCGCAAAGAGAGGUGCCUGGCGCUUUCCCUGAUGAAAUUCUCCCCCAUUACCACCGACACCACCGGACGAAGAGGCUCCGGACCCUGGUCAGGGGGUGGAAACCGACCCAGAACCAGUCGUGCGAGACCAGGCCCCAGAAGCCAUCGAGUGCAUCGAACAAACCGACACAGAUCAUCACCAGAGAGAGGGAAAGAGCGCCACGGGACAUCAACGGCGACGUGAAUGCAGACAACAUUGUGAGCGGCCGAAGGACGCGUCGAGCACGACAGGACAAUGAUUAUGCAGCAUAUACAACAAGGAUUGAUGAAGAAGAAGAACCACCGGCCUUCCUUCAUGCUUUUGCGGCAGGGUUAUACGCAGAGAAACCAGAUAGCCGUCGUCAUCGCGAUGACCUUCCAGAACCACCGAAGCACUGGAAGGAUGUCAUAAACCAUCCCUUCCAGGAAGGUUUCCUCGCAGCAAUGAGGAAAGAACUCGACUCUCUGGCACAGAAAGAGACGUACGAUGUGGUGGAAAGACCAAAAGAUAGAGGCAAGCAAAUCCUUCCCCUGCUUUGGGUAUUCGCCUAUAAAUUUGAUCAGGACGGUUACCUCUUGAAGCUAAAAGCACGUAUCUGUGUACGUGGCGACCUAGAAACGAUCUCAUCCGAAGAGAAGCGAGCUGCAACGCUUGCAGCACGUACGGCACGUAUGAUCUUUGCCUUGGUCGCAGCAUUUGACCUUGAUCUACGACAGCGGGACGCGGUGACGGCAUUCCUGAACAGCAAACUAAACAAGGAGACAUACACGAGGAUGCCAGAAGGUUUUGAAUCCCCAGGGAAGUGCUGGAAGCUCCACCGAGCUUUGUACGGGUUGCGUAUAUCGCCGCGCCUGUGGCAGCAGGAAGCAGCGGGCGUCCUGCAGAAGCUCGGGUUGCGACAAGUCCCUGAGGAUCCAUGUGUCUUCGUAGGCGAAGGAAUCCUUGUAUUCUUCUAUGUCGAUGAUAUAUUAAUUGCUAGUCACCGGUCAGCAAGAGAACGAGCGCAGAAGCUCGAACGGGAUCUCGAAGACCACUGGGAGCUCACUGAUCAUGGCGAUGCAGGCUGGUUUCUGAAUAUUCGGAUCAUCAGAGACCGGAAGCAAAGGAAGCUCUGGCUAUGCCAGGAUAGCUACAUUACCAGUGUAGCUAUGCGGUAUAACCUCACUGAACGUGCACCAGUGUUCACCCCGCUUCCAGUUGAGGAGCUGAAGCCAUACGAGGGCAUUGCAACACCCAGAGAGAUCCAUCUUUAUCAACAGAAGGUUGGAUCUGGUGGAUAUGCAACCACGAUCACUCGUCCGGACGCUGCAAAGGCAAUGGCAAAGUUGGCGCAGUUCCUUACCAACCCCGGCCCUCAACAUCAUCAUGCUGCAGACAGAGCGCUAUCAUACCUCUACACCACGCGAUACCUCGCCAUCGAGUAUUGCCAGAAUAGCGGACUUGAAUCUGUGCGGCUUGCAAGUGAUGCAUCGUACGGUGACCAUGAAGACCGGAAGAGUUCAGCAGGAUAUAUAUGUCAGGUGUACGGUGGCCCCGUGGAUUGGAAGGCUACCAAGCAACGUACAGUGACUACUUCCACCACUGAAGCUGAACUAUUGGGUUUGUCUGAUGCAGGUAAGCACCUCCAAUGGUGGAGGAGACUACUUGGGCAUGUGGGCUUCAUACCCUCCCAUAUCAUCACCAUUCAGUGCGACAAUGAGCGAGCAAUUGGUCUGCUCCAAGGAGACGACGUGGUGUUUGACACCAAGCUCCGACAUGUGGAUAUACACCACCACUGGCUACGCCAAGAGGUCAGGGCAGGUCGAAUCGCCAUUAGAUGGACACCUACCGCAAGUAUGGUGGCCGAUGGACUCACCAAGGUGCUCCCGCGACAAAAACAUGACAAUUUCGUCAGGUUGCUGAAUAUGGUGGAUAUAAGUCACCUGAUUGACUAG